AGAGAGAUGACAGGAAUGAAACGGAGAGGGAGGGGGGAUUCAGAGUACAACAGCUGGACAGUCGAUAUCCAGCCCGCUGUUGAGAAACAGCUCUCCAGACCGAACGCAUUCAGAAACGCUGCUUCCUCCUCUGCUCUCAAUACAAACAAGUGGCAACUAUCUCAGCGUGCGCUAUAGCUUAAGGAAACCCAUGAGCAAUUCACUCCAGGACCCUGAGAUGAGCGCAACGGAUAGCUGUGUGAUUUAGUGCUGACGUUUUUGUUUGUUGUUUUGCAUCACAAAGAUCCCUAAAUCCACCAGCUAUGUCUGGGAUGGAUGGGUCGGUGGAGGAGAUAAAUGGUACAGAAGUGGACAGUGAGAGUUUCCUGAGGUUCAGCCCUAAAUCUCUUUCUACCGGGGCGGCCGCUUCCUCAUACGGACGGACUGCAAAUGUUUACAUCUACGUCUCCAUCUUCCUAAGCUUGCUGCUCUUCCUCCUUACCCUGUUGAUCAUUGCUCUCCACAGGCUGAAGAACAUCAUAUCCUCUAGUUCUUCAUACCCAGAAUGUGGCAGUGAGGCCGGGAGCUCCUUCACUAACAUGGAGAUCUGCAGCAUUUCCUCACAGAGAUCCAGAGUGUCAUCGCUGUCCGGACAGCAGAGAAAGACAGAUUGAUUACACAUGUCUGAACGUUCUGAUAUUCUAGAAGAUUAGAAAUAUUCUAGAAAGUAAUUUGAUU